AUGGAGAGAUGCGUCGAGCUGCGUGUUCUGGACAUUCUGCCGGCGCUCGCAGCUACUUUGCUCACGACGCUGCCUGUUACACAGGACGGUGUCUUCAAAUGUCCACAUUUGGUUUUCUUCUCUGAUCGUGAGAUGUGGCUCGCACAGGUUUCCAAGCAUCUGAUCGACGGAUUACUCCAUGUAUACUUCCUCCUGACGGCUGACAUUCGUUCUCUUGUGGCCCUCCUCUUGUCCUUAGAGAACUGGGUGAGAACGAACGAGUUGCGCGUGGUCCAUUCCGGCUUGCCAGUUCGACAGGCCUGCCAAGGUUCCACAAGUGGAAACCUUGACCUCUACUGUCCGGGAGACGUUGGCCAGCAACAAGAGGUUCUCCAGGAAAUUGCACUCAAGCAGAAGCAAGCCUGCAAGUACGCCAAAGUGGAACGUGUGGAGAAGAAGCGCAGGAGCACCCAGCAGGUGGGCCCGGUGGCCAAGAGACGCGAGCGCAAGGCAGUCUACGACAACUCCGAGUCUCUGCCAGUGCCGGCUGACCACUUCUUGGGUGUCCUCAGACACGUUGAAGCUUCCGAAGGCCUGAAAUGGUCUUCAGAGGUCUCUCUGAAAGGUGCAGUCGAAGUCGACGGUACUUCCUUAGGAAAGUUCUACGUUUCAAAGACUUGCAACAGGUUUGCCCCGCAAGUUGCUGCACUCACUCGCAAGCUGCAACGUGCAGGCAAACCUCUGCCCAAGGCCUUCGUUGUGCACUUUCAAGUUUUGGGGGCACGAGAACGUGGGCAGCCCCCUGUUCUCUUUGUGCCUGAACCCUCGCUGACCGUUCCGGGGUCCCGGCCUCCCACAGAAAGCCUUGAGGCCAUCAACCAGUCGGGAUUGCUCACGCUGGUCAGCAAGCCCGAGGCUACCGUCAUAUUCAGUGAUGGAAACGUGGCAUGGCAAAGUGCCGCCAAAAAGAUGCGGUUGAAAAAUGCCGCGGUCAAUCAUCAGAACAAACAGUGGACGAAGCAUGUCCCCCGGCACCUUGGCAAAGCCAGGUCUGUGAGCAGACUUGCCGGCACGCAGUGCAUCGAUCGAAGCUGGCUGGGCCUGAAGACAUUCAUAGGCAACAAGGUCUCGCGCAAAAGCGGUCGUGGCCAGAAUGCCUGCGAAAGCAAUUUGGUUCGGCAGCUCGUGCACCAGUACAUGUACAGGCAAAGCAAAGGCCCGUGUUCUCCUGCAGAGUUCUUGCUGCACUUGGGAAGCAGCUUUCGAGCGAUGCAGGACUAG